GUAUACAUAAAACCCAACCAAUGCAAUGUGCACUGUCCCUGUUCAAUAAAUUAAUGAAUGCAUAAAACAAGUAUUAUCUUCUCUUCCAGCGAGGACGACAUCCACCGCUCCAUCAAGUACUCCAUCUGGUGCAGCACGGAGCACGGGAACAAGCGUCUGGACUCGGCCUUCAGGACCAUGAGCUCCAAGGGCCCGGUGUACCUGCUGUACAGCGUGAACGGCAGCGGGCACUUCUGCGGCGUGGCGGAGAUGCGUUCGCCCGUGGAUUACGGCACCAGCGCGGGGGUUUGGGCGCAGGACAAGUGGAAGGGGAAGUUCGACGUCCACUGGCUGUUCGUGAAGGACGUGCCCAACAGCCAGCUGCGCCACAUCCGCCUGGAGAACAACGACAACAAGCCCGUCACCAACUCACGCGACACUCAGGAGGUUCCUCUGGAGAAGGCCAAGCAGGUGCUGAAGAUCAUCGCCCAGUACAAACACACCACCUCCAUCUUCGACGACUUCUCCCACUACGAGAAGAAGCAGGAGGAGGAGGAGGUGGUGAAGAAGAGCUAUGAACCUGCCCCAAUACAGAACCGGUCCAGAAUCGAUCAGGAUCGUCAGAAGUGAACAGAAGACGACCGCCGACGAAAUCUAGAUUU